AUGAAGCCCAGAACCAGAACCCGCGGGCUAAGCUCCCUGUAUCUCUGCUCCCACGGCCCAGCCCAAGCCACAAUCAGGUACUUGACUUACAACAUCUCGAUUCGAAGUCAUGAACCUGUAGAAGAAGAACGAUUCGAUAAAGAAAAAAAGGGGAGAAGACUGACUGAGAGGAGGGAAACAAAUCAAGGGAGGCUGUCGUUUUCGAUCGAAGCAGGAGAGGAGAUUCAUCCGCCCGUCGCCACCGCCGGUCACCGCAUCCAUCACCUUCUCUACGCUGCCGGUCGAUCAGCCAUCGCCUGCGGCUUCCGAUCUUUGCCGGUCUUUCCUGGCCGUCGUCCACCUCCCCCGGCCGCUACUGCUGCGGGAUCGUUCGCCGCUGAAGAGGAGCAGAGAGAGAAGAAUCGUCCGCCUCCUGAUCGUUAUCGCCCACUGUUGAGUCUACUUUCACCGCCGCGAUUUUUUUGCUCUCGCCAUCCACCAGAAAGUAAAAGAGGUAAAACACUGAAGAGGUGA